AUGGUUGGGUUUUCAUUCGCGCGUGAAGAACAGCUUUAUGGUGAGAUUAGAAAUGGCUAUUUUUUUAAAUUAUUAUUUGCGAUUCAAAGCCGGUCGAGUUCGAAUUAUCGUACUAUCAUUCUGUAAUUUGCAGCUAUGAUGGGAAAGAACGCCGAUAGUCUUAAAGAACUCGGUCCGCCGACGGAUUGGGAAUUGGUUGAUAGGAUCGGGGAAGGUACUUAUGGAGAGGUUUUCACAGCAAGGAACAAAAUUUCGAGCGAAAUAGCAGCGGCGAAGGUUAUAGAUUCUAUUCACGAGAAAGUUGAAGAAGUUCUUCCAGAGCUGGAUAUCUUGUCAAAGUAUUCUACUCAUUCAAACAUCGCUGAAUUUCAUGGCGCUUUCAUGAACGUCGAUACGAAACGACAUGAUCAAUUAUGGCUAGUGAUGGAGGUUUGUACUUAAUAUUGCAUUGAAAAUUAGUGUACAGUAAUUAGAUAUAUUUUAGAGGUAAUUUCACAGUUUCUCACCCAUUUUUUCCCCUGAAGAAUGCAGUAAUUUUGCUUUUAUGUGGAUCCGACUCGUUAACAAAAAUAGUGUAAAAUAAAUGAAUAAUUAUGUAGAACGCAUACCGGUAGCCAGACUGAAUAGUUUAAUUAGCGGCCAGGGAAUCGAACAAGCUCGUAAUUAAGGAGAAAACAACCGUCGGAUUACAAUUUAGAUCUUGCUUAAUGCUCUGAUUCCUUUGACAGCCACUAUCGUUAGUGGAAAAUCUCGUAAAAUUUUGUCGAGAGAGUUUUUAUAACGUAUACAAGUUAAUGUCUUGAGGUUUUCCUGUUUGUGAAAAAAUUAUCAUACCAAAGGAUAACAAAUACAUCGUGAUUUUAUCAUUUUGCGAGAAACUGUCAAAGACAUCAUGAACACAGCUUAUUUUCAUAUUCCAAAAGAAAUUUGGAAACUUAAAAGUUUCUGGAAUUUUACAAAGGAACAAUAAUUCGCCUAAAAAAUAAUAAAAAAUAUAUAUUUUAUACUUUUUCAUGUCAUCACAGCAUCACAGACAGAAAAGAGUCUCAGAACAAUUUUUACCUUAUAUUUAAAAUCAUGCAGUUAUCUUAUCCCCUGAGAUUGAGACUUUGGGUACUUAAAGUAAUGAAAUUAGUUCAACCCUAGUAGCUGGUUUGGUCUUUGUUACCAAACUUUGAAUUGAAACAUUCAAAUGUGAGUUUGUUAUGGGUCUUUGUUAUGGAUUCUUGGCCAAGAUACUUAACUCAGUACACCCUAACACCAUUAUAGAUAUUCUCUAUACUGUUCUUUGAGAGGGAGGGGGGAGGCUUUGUUUCAUACUCACCUGCAUAUCAACCAAAACAAUCACAGUCUAGAUGGCUGACUCUGGUAAAAUAAUCCACGUGGCUCAGUGGCUGAUCUAUUUAACCAUAUAACACCUUUAAUAUUUAAUACUCUGUAGCUAUGCCGCGGCGGAUCAGUGACAAACCUUGUGAAGAGCUUGAGGAAGAAGGGAAAAUAUCUUGAAGAAGACCUGAUAGCCUACAUCCUCUAUGAAACUCUAAAGGUUAUUAGAGGUUUUUUUUUUGAGAAAUAUUUUUCUGUUGUUGGUGAUUAACCCUUCAACUCCCAGAUGUGAUUAAUAGGUAACUUCUCCCUAUAAUAUCCAUUAUAUACAUUAUCCAGAAAACAUAAAUGAGAAUACUCAGAGUUAUUAGGUAAAAAAUCUCCAAAUUCUAGUAACUAAUUUAUAAGGAAAUGUGUAGCAGUUAGAAGGGAGAAUUUACAAUCAGAUCUUGAGAGUUGAGGUUGAUGGUAAAUAAGACAUAACCUGUUUCUAGGUGCUUUUACUUUCAAUUAUUGUUUUCAUUUAGGGUGACUUGUUUUAAGUGAAAAUAAAUCCUUGUUUUCUUGCCUCUCUGAUGAGCUUUGCAAACUGAUCAGGUGUUGCAUUAAUGGACUCACAUUUUCUUUUUCCAGGGAAUUGAACAUCUUCAUAGGCAUAAUGUGAUGCACAGAGACAUCAAAGGCCCUAAUGUGAUGUUAACAAACAAAGCUGAAAUCAGAUUAAUUGACUUUGGUAAGUGGUGUUGAUCAAUCAAUCAAUCAAUCAAUUAAUCAGUCAAUUAGACAGUCAGUUGAUCUGUUGGCCAGUCAACUGGUUUGGAAGUCAGUCAAUCAAUCAGACAAACAGGCAGGCAAUUGGUUUUGCAGUCAGUGAAACAGUCAUUCAGCCAGUCAGUUAGUCAGCUAGUCAGUCAGUUAUUCAGCCAGCCAGUCAGUUAGUCAUUCAAUUAGUUAGUCAGUCAGUCAGCUAGUCAGUCAGCUGGUCAGUUAGUUAGUUAGUCAAUCAGUCAGUCAGUCAGUCAGUCAGUCAGUCAGUCAGUCAUCCAGUCAGUCAGUCAUUUAGCCAGUCAGUUAGUCAGUCAGUCAGUCAUCCAGUCAGUCAUUUAGUCAGUCAGUCAGUCAAUUAGUUAGUCAGUCAGUCAGAUAGUCAGUCAGUCAGUCAGUCGGUCACUUAGUCAGUUAGUUAGUCAGUCAGUCAGUUAGUCAUCCAGUCAGUCAGUUAGUUAGUCAGUCAGUCAGUCAGUCAGUCAGUCAAUUUGAUCAGUGAGUGAGUGAGUCAGCCAGUCUCUCAUUUAAUCAGAGACUUCUAUCACUCAAUUGUUUCCUUUUGUAACUUUAGAGAACAAUGGAUCUAGCUGAGUCAAAAAUCAAUGAAAAUUUUAUUUCCUUCAGGUGUUUCAGCUGAGCUAUCAAACAUCCUAAUGAGGCGCAACUCAUCAGUAGGUACUCCAUUUUGGAUGGCCCCUGAAGUCAUUGCCUGUGAGCAGCAGCUUGACUACAGUUAUGAUGUCCGCUGUGACAUCUGGUCUCUUGGAAUUACAGCUAUUGAACUUGCAGAUGGAAGCACGCCACUCUCUGAUCAACAUCCUAUGCGAGCACUUUUUAAAAUUCCUAGGUGAGUUUUUUUCUAUUCAUUCAUUCUAUUCCUCGAGUGAAGUGUUAAUUGUAAGGUAGAUACAGAUGUUUUUUUCUUACAAAGUGAGAAACAGCUACAUUGAUAAAAGAAUUCCAUUGGAAAAUGAUAAAUGAUUUAUAUAUUUAAAUUACGAAGUGGCAUUGGUAUGUGACAGCAUAUCAGGAAGGUUGCUUCAAAUGGGGAUUGAAACAAACAAGUGUACUUGUUGUUGGUAUCCGUGUAGUGUUAAAUUUUUGGAUCCGACUCAGAGCUAGAUGUAUCAAGGUCAGAAUGAUUUAAAAUUAUACUUUGGUUACUUUUACCUAUACUAUUACCUGAACUGAUGGUUUGAAUUUAGUAAAUGCUUACUGAAGAGUAGUCAAUUGAUUGAAUUAUUUUAGGAGCAAGUCACCGUCUAUGAAAAAUCCAGAGAGGUGGUCGCAUGAAUACAGAGACUUUAUUGCAAAGUAAGAUUUUUUCCUACUAAGCCAUGCAUUUAUCUUAAUUGGUAUUACUGUAAUUCAGAAAUACCUCGUCAGUUUUGCUAUGUGGCUGUUUUGGUUGAUAUAUGCAGGUGAGUACGAAACAAAGCCUCCCCCCUCCCUCUCAAAGAGCAGUAUAGAGAAUAGGUGUAUCGGUGUUAGGGUGUGCUGAGUAAAGUAUCUUGGCCAAGAACCCAUAGCAAAGACCCAUAACAAACUCACAUUUGAAUGUUGCAAUUCAGUGGCAAUACUGUAUGAAGAAGUCAAGUGUAAGUUACUCUAAGGGGUGAAAGGAUUAAGUUUAUUUUUCAUUUGUAAUUCUUGCAAGGUAAGGCAAGAUUUUUUUUUCCUGACUGCCCUGUUAUUGUAAAUCAUUUUCAUGGCAGGACAGUUGUUGUGUUAUAAAUAAGUAACUUGGUUACAGUUAGUCUGUAUUUCCUUAUUUUAGGUGCCUGGUGAAAGAUUUCGAGGCUAGAGCUCAUGCCAGUGAGAUGUUGAGUCAUGUAUUUGUCAGAUGGGUAGCGGACAAGAGAGAUGCUGUAAGUUAAUAUAUACAAUACUUAUUGUUAGAAAAUUAUACCAACUAAUACCUAUUCAAUCAUACCAGCUAAACAUGUUUUGUUAAAAGGGGUUUAACAAAUGAAAAACAGUCAAAACAAACUGAAAAACAGAGUAUUCUGUAGAAUUCAUUCAAGUAAUCUGUUGCUUGUAUAUUCAGUGACUAUACCAUACAUAUAUUUGAUAUUGGCCCUAUACUUCAAGACAAAUUUUGAAACAGAGACAUGUUUGUUAAUCCCUAGCAAAUCUGAGAGCAUUCCUAACUGUACAGUAAUUAUUGACAAAUAGACCCUGAAUAGCAACAAUUUCACAAUAUUUUCUUUGUUGAAUUUAUUUUUUUCUCUGCAUGAAACUUGCAGGAUGUAAAACUUGGUUUGUUUGAUAACAUUGCAGGUUUUUCUCAUAAAUAGUUAAUGACAAAAUUCUUUUUUAACCCUAAAACAGAUAGCAGCUACCUGGUUGAACUAAAUUUUUUUCAAGAUAUUCCAAUCAGAAUAACUGUGAGGAUGAUAAAGAAUGAACAUAUCAGAUAUGUGAAAAAACACCAUUCCUAGGAAAUUUCCAAAAGCUCAAGUCAGAUCAGUCACUAAUUAUGAGCCAGACUAAUAAUUUGAAUCCUAAUUUAAAAAUGAUUUUAGUUCUUAAGUUUGAUGAUAUAAAAAACGAUAUCGAAACACAGUGAAUAUGAGGAAAUACAGAGGACAAGGAUAAAAUUUUUGUGCUUAAUCUUUGGUGCAAAAAUGUUGCAGCUACGUAGAAAGUUGAUGAGUUUGAUGGAUGGGCAGUACCAAGGUCAAGAUGGGAUUAUGGUUGAAGCCACGAAAGAGAGAGAUCAUGAUGAGCUGCCAAGGUAUAACUAAAAGAUUUAAUACAAAGGAGUAAUGAACCUCAUACUGUUAAUUAUUAAUAGGAUAGGGCUCCAUUUUGUUUCGUGAAAUGUAUCCUAAGAAUGCAAAAUUUUAUCUGUCUCAAAAAUGGUUUUCAAUAGUCAGCUUUUGAUUUGAUGUUAUUGUGCAAAAAUGGGGUGAAAUGAAUUUUUGUUGUUUAAGAAUUUAAGGUCAGAAUGAUUUCAAACCAGUUUGGAUUUGUUUGAUUUGUAUUUUCUUUGUCUAAGGAUUCUAGUGAUAUUCCUGGAACAGAAGACAACCUAAUUAUUUGAAAAUCAUGCCAACCUGGAAUUCAUUUUCUAUUAGCCAAAAUGAAGUAUAUAGAUUGAAAUAGCUUGAAUUUUACGAGUCCACUUUUGUUGGAGGUUGACCAAAAAAAAUGUGCACUACUAAUUAAAAGAUGUUUUUAAAUUUUUUUUUUUUAAUGGUCAGUGUAAACUAUGUAUGUGUCUUUCUGUUCUUAUAUUUUAAAAUCUUGAUACCAUAAUGUUGGUUUUCACAUUCUCUACACUUUUCUCUUUACAUUUCCUCUGGUACUGACAAGGAGAAUUUGUUUGACAAUCAGGAGUAUCCCACAUCAGAGGUCAUUUCCUUUAUUCUCAUGACCUUUACAUUUGAUUCAUGGGUAAAACUGCAAGGAGAAACUAGAAGCCAGUCACUCUUAGGGGUAAAAGUAAUAAACUGAAAAUAAACGAUAAAGUUAACAGACUUUUUUAUGUUUUUACCAGUCCCUCAGCUGCGCAAAAGCAAAAGCCUCAACGUAGCAAACAGAUGCAGCAGGUUGAUAACCUAGCAGAGUUAGGAAGUCUGACUGAGGUAGGUCUUGUGCGUCCCAAGAUCUUACUACCAAUUCUCCUUAUUGUCUGCAAUACAAUUCUUAUAAUUUGAGUUUGGAGAACUUGCCAUUGGAUCAACUGAUAAUCCCCUAGUUUAUAUUUUAUUUAUUCUCAUCACUUGUCUGCUUGAUACUGUAUUAAUAUUGUAAGGGGAAAUUCUGUCUUGGUCACUCAUGGAAGUAAAAGGGUUAAACAACAGUCAUCAUUGCCUUUCUUUGAUCAAUAUUUUAGAUCAAAGCUGUCAACAGUAAGUGUGAAAGUGGGAGACUGGUGGGACUUGUAGUCAGUCAGGUUAUGCCAAUGCCGUGUUCUUGUGUCAGAAUACAUACAUGUACAUGACUGUGAACUAUGUCUCAGGCAAACAAAGACUUAAGAGACUUAAGAGUAAAUCUGGAGGUUCAAUUGAUUCACACAUCAAAUCUUGAUACUUGAAAAUUAUGAAUGGUUGCUUUACAAAUUUCUUCAGUAGUACAGUGUAUCUUGAUAGUUGUUUAUACAAUGAUAUUUAAUCUGUAAUAAAUUUUAUGUGAAAAUAAGGUUAAAAUACCUUUUUAAACAUGGCAGUGGUUAAUAGAGUGCCAGUUUAUCUGUGUGGUUUUUAGUUAGAAAACACACGAAAUCAUAAGUUGCCACCUCUGCAAUUUUAGAGCAAUGUUAGCUGUCAAACUUUUUUUUAGCUUGCAGUCAUGACCAAUUGAAAAUGGUGACUGCAGAUUGGAACCCUGUUCUUGAAGAAAACCCAAUGUUGAGGCCUUAUGUGCUACUUGGGAUGAUGAAGGUCUAAACUUGAGUAUCAUGAUUGCAUUUUUUGAUAUUGUAUCAUUUCUUUUGUGGACAGGACAUUAUUCUCAGCCAUCUUCUGGAAAGAUAUCUAAAUAAUCAGAUAUACACGUACAUUGGUGACAUACUUAUAGCUGUUAAUCCGCUGCAGACUCUCAACCUGUACGGACCAGAGGUAAGUGUGCAGAAAUUUUUCAUUACAGUUUUUCAGCUUCCUGCUAAUUAUUUUGUAUCAGUCUUCUCUUCUGAUAUUUGGAGAACUAUAUUCAAGGAACCAUAAUUAUUUUCAACUCUACCAUUCAAAAAUAUACUAUCAUGGUUUGAGACUCCAAAGAGUAUAAUCCAAGCAUUUGAAAAUGGUUUUAAAUGGAUGUGGCCAUUUUGGAAAACAACUCAGCCAUGCUUGCAUAAAAAGCACAACACAUGAUUUACAAAGAGCCUUCAAAUGGUACCUGAAAAAUCUGUGGGUUUUGCAAAUUUUUUUUUUCUGAUCUUGAAAUCUCAUCAGCUUCUACAGUAUAUGUGAGUGUCAAUAAUUAGUCUUAUUUACUGUGCAAUUAGUUUGUUCAGUUACUGUCAACAGUAAUGAUAUUUAACUGAAAAUGUUUAGUCUUGUUGAAGAAUUUUGAAACUGAGUCUCCACUGAAGGACGAGCAUUGGAUUUGACCAUUCACUGCCUCCUUUGGUGCACAAAAUAUUUACCAACUGAAACUGAUAUAGAUUUUGUUCUUUUUCCAGAUUGCAAAAAAGUAUAAAAACUCCCAGAAGAGUGCUUUGCCACCUCAUAUUUUCAUGGUAGCUGAUAUGACACACCAGGCUAUGAUACACAAUAAGAACCCUCAGGUUUGAAAUACACUCUAAGCUUAUUAGCAGCGUAUUAAGUAAAUUUUUCAAAGAUGACAAAAUUGCACUUGCUUCGAACUCUAACCCUAACCCGUGGGGUGAGUGCAAUUUGUAGUCUUUCAAAAAUUUACAAGUGCAAUUUUACACCAAAUUGCACAAGUAAGCAUGUUGGUACUUAAUAAUUUACAUGCCAAAUGCAUCACACAAAGUCAAGUUGAAAUUUUGGCUGCAUACAUGUGCUAUUUGUAAUUUGCUCUUGUGUUCCAACUUUGCACUCAUGUUACAUGAAAAAUGCACUUCUUUUCAGCCAAUCAGAUGUGCAUUAUUUUUUCAUGUACAUUAUUAUACACUUUUGGUUAGGUCAUAUCAAACCAAGUUUAAGUUUCACUCCUGGAUGAGCACCUGCCAUCUUACUACAACUUUCCUGUGGUGUCUCAAUCUGUUUCAGGUUAUCUCCAUGAUGUUCCAGAUAAUAACAUUUCACUCUUAAUAGAAUUAUAUUAAAAUUUUGAUACCAAAUAAAAUAGGCCAUUUCCAAAUUACCUUUGGCCUCAUUUUAAAGCAAGUCUUGGUGCUCCUCCUUUCACUUAAUUAUAAAUUUUCAUUCAAAUGCUAAUUAAACUCAUUUUCAAAUGAAUGGUUGAGCACUAGGCCUCAUUUUGAAAAAGAGGCUAAAGGUAAUUCGGAAAUGGCCCAUUUCAAUGCUACACAAGUACUGGCAUUGUGAUCAUUAUUCAAAUUUCCAUUUUAUUCUUAAUCACCUGGCAGUGUUGCUUGAUUAGCGGGGAGAGUGGAGCAGGCAAAACAGUGUCAGCCGACUACCUUGUGCGACAUUUAGCUGAACUUGGAAAGGUUGGUACUCACUGUUGCUACAGUAUGAUAGUAACAAGUACCAUUGUUUACCCUCAUUCUCAUCAAAACUGUACCAAAGUGCUCGGUUUCAAAAGAAACAAUUGUUAAUGAUUCUUGAUUUUUAUUUAUUAUAAUUAUGAUUAGUAUGACAAACAAUUUUUUUUUGUUAGGCUGGAAACAGAACACUUGAAGAGAAGAUCCUUCAGGUGAGAAAUACCAGGGCGUGAAAUUACCUUUUUUUUCUGAUAGCCACUUGGCUCCUAAAUUCUUCAAAGUGGUAGCCAAUUCAAAAAAAGUUGCUCGCCAUUUUCAAAGACAAACAAAAUCUUUCUUUACGCUGUUAGCGUUCUAGAUAGACCCUCCAAAAUUAAGUUAGGGAAAAUAUCUUUAACGUGCUACAAAGUGGACACUAGGAUGUAUGAUAUACAACGUUCAGGCUUAUCUAAAUCCAAGAUGGUGUCUAGUUAUCGAUCGAGAUGCAUGUGCUACGUUUUGGAAACAAACUUAAUGAGGAAGUUUGCCGCGGAUUUAUCUUUGCAAAUCUUUUUAAUUCACUAUAUCUCUUGGUAAGGUUAUGAUGAAACGUUCUAGUUGCCAAUUUGGCAACUAACUUUCAGGAUUUGGUCGCCAAAGUGAAAAAUUUAGUCGCAUUGGCGCCUGUAUUAGGCGCAAUUUCACGCCCUGAAUUAUACAUGUUAUUUUAUACCAUUGGAAGAAAUCCUAUAUCCUCCAAUUGAUCAGCUUCCUUAUUCACAUCACUUGUUAGCUGCAUGAUAUAUUGACAUUUUAAGGAGAAUUUACAUGUGUAUCCCUUAAUGCAGUUGAAAGGUUAAUCCCCCUACUACUAAUGUUCCUACAUGUACACAACUUAACCCUUUCCAUCCCACAAUCUCAUUUGUUUUUCUACUUAUCAGUUCUUAUGUUUGUUGAGAGAAUAUGGUAUUGGAUGAACUAAAAAUCUUCUAAUUGAUAUUUUUCUUUUUUCUCAUCACUUGUCUACUUGAUAUUGUCUUGAUAUUGUUAUGAGAAUUUCUGGCAUGGUCUCUCAUGAAAAUGAAAGGAUUGAAGGAAGCUGUAUGUUUUUUGCCUAACCAGAAGUUGCAAAUUUUUGCAGGUCAAUCCCCUCAUGGAAGCUUUGGGAAAUGCACAGACAGUGAUCAAUGAAAACUCAAGCAGAUUCGGAAAAUACCUAGAACUCCACUUCACACCUAAUGGAGCCCUGAGAGGAGGUACAGUCUAUACAGUCUACAAUCUGUAGAUUGGCAAUUGACAAUUAUAAUUAUCCCUUUAAUUGACUUUAUACCAUGACCAAAAUAAUCAGAAUGGCCAAUUGCAACCAUAGAGAAUACCACUAAGAGCCAACGAGAACUAAAAGGAGGAUAAGUAACUUCCCAAGUGCAAAAAACUGAGAGGGAACAAGUUGUGAUAGGUUCUGGGAUGGGGCUACUGUUCUUAGCCAGUCACAAGGUAUAGCAAAAAGAAAAACUAAUGUAAUUCUGUCAAGCGGUUACUUUUGACAAUCAAUUAAAAAAUGCAUCGUUUAUAUUACUGGCAAGGAUGGCUUUAAUUUGCCAUUUUGUUAGACUGCCAGUCUGUAUGUCAAUCAUUCAGGCAAUCCCCUAUGGAGGUUUAAACAGUUAUCGUUCAGGAAAUGGACUAAGACUGAGACUGUCAGUCUGUUAGUCUGUUGGUCGGUUGGUCCGUCAGUAUGUCAUAUUCUCAGUCGGUCAGUCAGUUAGUCUUAGGAAUCUCAGUUUGUAAAUUUAUCAGUCAGUUGCCAGGCCAAUCGUGUCCCAGUUUUUUUCGGUCUAUCUCUCAAAAGUUACUUAACUUUAUUUUAAGGAAUGCUAUCUGAGUACCUGUUGGAAAAAUCCAGAGUUGUUUCACAAUCAAGGUGGGUGGCAAUCAAGGAACAUUAAGUUUUAGUUUCUUGUUAUUUUUGGUCUUUUUGGUAAUUUUUUCAUUCACUGAGAUGCAAUUCAUUGUUAAAGAAAACUCACCUUCGCAGGUUUUUGACACUGGUAUAACAUUAUCAGCGUUAAACAGAACUUGUCGUAGAUUACUUUUCCUCUAUUUUAUUCUCUUUUUUUUGUAGAGGAGAAAGGAACUUUCACAUAUUUUAUUACAUGAUCGCUGGUCUGGCAUAUAACAAGAAACUGGAGAAAUAUUCCUUCAAGCUUUAUUCGCAGCACAAGUAAGUUUUCAAAUUGAUUUUAAAGAAGUGUUGUGUUAAAGUCUAUGAAUUACGGACUCCAUCUGUGAAACACUCCUCCUCAUGAACAGACGUAUUCCUUUCCUUACGUGUUUCUAUUUAAUGUCGUAAAAUCAAAACCAUGUAAAAAUAGCUAGUAAAAACUCAAAGUAAAACAAGCACACUGCCUAAAGCGCGGGAAAACGCGAGUGACCAACAUCUGAUUGGUUUAUAGAGGGUGGCGCGUGUUUUCGUGGCCAAUCACAAAAUGGUUUCAACAGAGGGUCUAAUUCCGAAUUACUUCUGUUUUGCUUUACCUCGUCUCGUGAUUGGUUCAGAAAACUCAAGCCAUUUUCUCUACCAAUCAUUUUCAAAACUAAAACCAAUCGCGACUUGGUCACCAGCGUUUUCCCGCGCUUGAGGCAGGUUGUGCGUUUUUCACUUGAGUUCUUAUUGACACUUUCCUUUCGUUCAAGUGGUCGCUGUGAUUACUUUGAGUUUGGUUUUACGACACUUCAGCGAAAUACGCUCUAAACAAAGUAAUGGAAUUCCGGAUAACUUUUGACACGCAAUUGAAAAAAAGUGACAAGCACUUUGUCUUUCGUCUCUCUUUCAGCUACCUCCAAACAGGAGGGCGAAACCUUCAAGACUUGGUAUGCACUCUUGGAAACAGACGCAAGUUUGAAGAGGUUCAAAGAUGCUUUGACAUUAUUGGCUUCAGUCAUGAGGUGAAUAAAACUUGCCCAUGAAGUAAAGUGAACUGAAAUGAAGGCCUUCCUUCAGAUCGAUAAGUUUUCUUUAAUGUGUGUUGAGACUUUGAAACUCGGAGGACUGUACUUCUGUGCAGUACAAUCAUUUCAGGUGUCCAGUUCUUCCAUACAACACUCGUGUCUAACUGUAAAAAUUAUGCCCAACUGUCAACCUUUUUUAAAGGAAGUGUCACAGUUGUUUUCAAUACUGGCUGCCAUCAUUCAUCUCGGAGACAUUCACUUCACGGAAGACGAAUCAGUUUCGCAUCUGAGCGACAAGAGUAUGGUUAGCAAUCCUCAAGUUCUACUCAUAGGUGUGUAUGAAUAAAAAUAAUAAUUGCGUUAAGAUACUAGUAAAAAAAAAUCCCCGUAUGUUUAAAUUCGAUCGUUUAUUCUGAACGUCCUGGUGAGGCUAGCCUCUACUUUCACUGAGCACUAUCGUCCUUGUGUGAAAGGUCCAGUCCAAUGAGGUUUUUUUUUUCGUUGGAGUUCCGUCGAAACGAAACCCAGUGGAAAGCCAUGAGGGGGGGGGGGGGGGGGGGGGGUCUGCACCCCUUACCAUCAGAUCUGUGUUUUUUUGUUUUGUGAGGUAUUUAAUACUUGCUCGUUGUGCAAUAUUUCCUCGCUUAUUUAGGCUCUGUAGCAAAAAUUGUAUCAAAGUUUGAACCUCCACCCCCCAUCAAAAAUUUCUGGACCCGUCCUUUGCCUUUGAUAACGACUCUAAAACAACGUGCUGACAACCCGUUAGAUUUAAAAAGAGACACACGUGAUUGACAUCAAGAAACGGGAAACGCCACGUGAUCGAGUCUUGAUUUGUUGAGGUUUUGACUUCUAGCCUCUGAUAACUUGUAACUAUGGUAACGCUUUUGCUCCCAUCAUGGAGCGUUGUCAAUCAAGUGCCAUUCCGUUAGACUUAAGAUGAAACUCGAUAUCAGUGGUAAUACUAACUCUUUUCGAAAUUGAUUGAAAGUAACAAUUUAUCUUGUUUCAGUUUCUUCAUUGUUGGGGAUUAAUGCAGUGGAACUCCGAGAUGCAUUGACAACAAAUAGCAAUGUAACAAGAGGUACAGCAACUCACUUUUCUGGGAAUUUUUCUAAACAUUGUAGACCAAGUUUGGUUCCCAUCAAUUUAAGCCUGCCUUUCUACAGGCUCUCGCGACCCGAGUAGCUCAGUUUCUUUUAGGCCCUGACGAAGGGCUAAAGUCAGCUUCAGAAUAUCUUUACGAUUUGCCAAUUUACGUUAUCAACUCAGUUGUUAAAACCAAAUUUUUCUCAUAGUUUUAUAAUUUCUCUCGAAACUUACCCUUUUUAUUUUAUGUAUAGCUUGAGAACCUCUAUAUUUAAGGCGCAUUUACCUCCCAGAUGUUUGCUAUUGUUUCACUUUGCUGAUCAAUUAUAUUCAUGUAAACUUAUUUGUCUCUCAUCUCCAGGAGAGACUAUAGUUAGGAACAACUCUGUCGAUCAAGCAGUUGAUUAUCGCGACGGAAUGGCUAAAGUAAGUUUGCCAAUUGAUGGAAUUGUUUCCGCUUGUUCCCUAAAGGGUGGGAUUCGUUAGCAGAGUAGGCAACUUUUCUUCUUGUGCUUCUUGACACUUUUCUUCUUCUUAUGAAAAAUAGAAUUCCCCUCCUGACCGAUGAACCUUACUAUGAAGCUUCUGAUUUCCCAGAAAUCCUGCGGGGUUGUGAUAUGUUCAUUUAAUUACUAGUUUAAUUGUCACUCUUCGCUAAGCUUUGUAGUUGCGCUGAAUAAAGUAGUGCGAGCCGAAGAAGAACUUUGGCUGCAAAAAGAGCGAGAGAUUUGUGGACGAAAGGCGGAAAGAUAUGUAACGAAUGUAAAGUACGAGAAAACAUUUACCAUUGGUCAGAGUGGAUGCACUUGUCACGAGUGCGAAAUCAUGAAUCCAUCAGAAAGCGCGGGAAAAACAGUCACCGUUGCAAGCGCUGGAGAACAUGAAACCAACGGAAAGCGCGCGAAAAUCUUAUAUGAGUUGAAAGGGUAAUUUCUUGUAAACGCGUUACUUCUGGAAAAGGUGUAAAUUCGAAACUAGACUAAUAUAGAUAUUGCAAUGUUUUUGUCAGAUGGGGUCUAAAUUUACAAGAUUAAGCCGCUUUAUCUUAAAUAUGCAGACUUUUUUACAGCACUUGAUCUUUUUGUGAACAAGGAAAUUCCUUCUUCACCGAUACACCCUACACCACACUACGUAAAAUCCUUCAGAAUCUCACGAGCUUUCACUAUUUUGGUUUUUCAGGCACUGUACGGCAAGCUAUUUAGUUGGAUUGUUCACCGAAUAAACGCUCUAUUGAGGACAGAGAGAGCACGGCUAGUGUAAGUAUCUAACACGCACUUUUCUUCCUUCUCUUUUUUUUUUACGUUCUUUUUACUUCUGUUUUACUUUUUUCCAUGUUUUGUUGUAGCUUGGAGAAAAUAUUUGCCUUCGUUUUACUCUGCAGGGAAAACGAUUACAGAAUAGGAAUACUAGAUAUCUUUGGUUUUGAAAAUUUCAAACGCAAUUCGUUUGAACAGCUGUGCAUAAACAUUGCUAAUGAGCAGAUCCAAUUCUACUUCAACCAGCAAAUUUUCUCAUGGGAGUUGGUAAGUUUGUCGCAGUUUUUGGCUUGGCUUACGAGAAAUUGUUCAGGAUAUCUUCGUAAUAUUCGAGGUUAUGUCGACGUUAUUACAACGUUAAGCUUUGAUGCGUUGCUGUGGUUUCAGCGAAUAUACCAGUUAUAAGCCGAAGAGGGCAAGUACGCACAAAAUAGCGUUGGAUAAUGAAUUAUUGUUUUAAAAAGUGGGACGAUAUGUGCCAUCGUCAAGUCUGGGACUACGUGUUAAUAGUAGUGAAAGCCAGAAAACAUUUAACUAUUAGUAAGAGCGGUUUAAAAGUGUAUUUGUUAGAAAGCGCUGAACUACGUUUAACCAUUGGGAAGCAUGGUAAAAUCCGCGAGGAGGAAUCAUCGGCAAGUCCAGGAAAACAUGCUUCAUUUAGAAAAUGCGAAAGUUAUGUACUUGCUUAUGUUACUUACAUUAUUUACACUACAGAUAUAAAUUCCCGGGAGGAAGGAGGGGGGAGGGGUAAUUUUUGCCGUUUAAUUUUUGGGGUUUAAUUUCUGUCUCAGAAACUCCUACCCUGUUAUAGUCUAUUUUUCGGCCAAUUACGGUAACAACUUUUUAAUCGCAAAUCUUCCCAAUUUUGAAUUUCUACUUACCAGAUUUUUCUUACCCAAAAAAAUCCCAAAAAUGUGCGACCGCAUAUCAGUAACUCUAUUUAAAAUGUAACCCCAUCAUAGUGGAUCCAGUUGUGAAAAUGCAACUCAUCCAGCGGCAAAUCCUCAUUAGUCUUUCACCCGGAAGUACCCCCUUCAUUUCCUCUCCUUCCCCCCCCCCCGGUGUUACUUACAACGCUAGCAUUAUUUGCAGCACUAACUUUACUUACCAUACUAACAUUGAUUACAACAUUGAUACCGUUUACUCACCAAAGAUAGAUAGAGAAUUUAAAUUAUGUGCUCGUCUUGAAUUCUGUGGUGUUGUGAUUGAAAUGUUUCAGGAGGAAUACCGCUCUGAAGGGAUAUCUCUUGAACGGAUCUCAUUCACUGACAACCGACCUGUUCUGGAUAUGUUUCUGCAGGUAAUUUGUUAUUAGUGGCUAAUAACAAUAUUCUAGUAAUAACUAUUCUACCGGCUUAAAAUCCGGUGAAUGAUUUCGUUAUGUCGCAUGAAGAAUUUCCGAAAAGAUUUUGGUGGAUGUUGAUCAAUUAGGAAACUUAACGAACACUGAUUAGUCUCCCGGAUGUUGUAACGUCAGCUAGUUAUCCUCUGUAAAGGUUACUUCUCGGCGAAGGGCUUGCAUUUCGGUCGAGUGUCGUUAAACCAAAACUUACGUAAAAAGGACCACCACCGAUCAGCGGAAAGCUGAGCGAGUGAACAAGUCGCAUAUGGUUUUAUUUUCUGGAUCUGAUUGGUUGAGAGGAUGACGUGAUCUUUGUGGACCAAUCGUAAAGCGAGGUAAAGCGAGGUAAAGCGAGGUAAAACAAAGCUAAAGCAAUCAUGAUGGUGUGCACAAAAAGGCAGAGAACACCCCAUUUUAUGAUUUUACUCUAUUUCUUCUAGAAACCCAUCGGUGUGCUCGCUCUGUUAGACGAGGAAAGUCGUUUUCCAAGAGCUACAGACUUCACACUCGUGGGUGAGCUAAGCUAAGCAAGUCUUACCAUAGAAGUUAUCUACUUUAUUUAAUCUUGCGAUCGAUCGUCUUAUUCCUAGUAAAUACCCGUUAUCCCAGUCAUUCGAUCUUUUCGAUGCGGUCGAAUGAGAAGCACUCAAAUGUAAGAUCCAUGUUUACUUUUCCACAGAAAAAUUCAACAAGAACAUUGAUUGUGUACACUACGAGCAACCGAAAGAGAAUGAUGUUUUUCCUUCGUUUGUCAUUGCACAUUAUGCUGGGCGGGUAGGUGUUCAAUGACUGUAUGUGGCAUUCUUUCUCAUUCUUUCUCACAAUAACACAUUUCUAGAGCCUGGCUUUCACUAGCGAAGCAUACACAAACGGAAACAUAACGUCUCCUAUUUCACCGCGAAAACUGCCUCGACGCAAGCACAAACGCUAGAACAAGACAGAGGAAAAAUUAUGACCCUUGUGCUCUUGUGCUUGUGCUUGCGUCUACGCCGUUUUCAAGGUGAAAUAACAAGUGCUAUCUCUGCGUUUGUGCUUGCGGUGUUAAUGAAAACCAAGCUGCAAUGAAAGACGUUAUUCCUUAUUCAUUCGAAUCAGACUUGGAGAUUUACGCAAGGUGUGUGAUUAUUUUUAAGGUGAAAUAUGAUGCAACCAACUUUCUGGAAAAGAACCGCGACACUCUCUCUCCCGACAUCAUACAAGUGUUGAGAUCAAGCGGUAAGGACUCAGCCUUAAUGAAUGAGCAAACAAAGAAACGAAAUAAAGAGAAUGAGUAGGAAAAAGAUUUAGGACCAUCUUGAACUGUUUGUCUGGCGAGGCCCAAUAAUAGUUGCGUAGAAAACUGCUUUGGUGUGCGUAAUAGUUUAAAUUGAUUCUCCUCAUUUUUUUAACAGAUAACCGCCUCGUGCGCACGCUCAUGCAGCAUCCAUUGGCCCGAUUAGGUUUGUUACUUUAGUCUGGAUAGUACCUGUUUAUGAGAAAAAGUAAACGCGUGCGCUUGGUACCUGGCGCGCUGGUUCCCGGAUCGAGAGAACUGUGUUCGAGACCAGAUCGGUAUAUUGUGUCGUGUUUUGUUUUUUUCUUUUUUCGGGGGAAGGGACACCCUUCUCUUCACAGUGUCUCUCUCCACCCGGGUUUAUGAAUAGGUUCGCUGAAAUGUGCGAGAAAUUUGAAAAAACUUUUAUGGGUAUCCUGCGAUGGACUUGCAUCUCACCCAGGUUGAGUGGAGGGUUAGGAAUACUCUUUGUCGCUAAAUGUUACGGGAACUGGGAUAAAAUCCCACAGAAAUAUAUAGCCCAAGAGGUUUAUAAGACUUACUUACCAUAACCUUUCCUCUCUUUUAGUAAACUCUACCAACUGCUCUUGAUAUUCUAAGUUUCAACCUUUUUUAAACUGCAAAGACUUGUAUCUUUAUCUACGACAGUUUCCACUCCACUGCUCUCCAUUCUUGUUUCUUUCUUUUGAACUUAAUUUCUCUCACCUUUGCCAUAAAUGUUCUAAAUAAAUGAAAGUUCCCAUUAGCUCUGUCUGAAUGGUACAUAUUGCAAUAUACUUUUAUAUUUCAUCUCUGUCUCUCUGUCUUGUACCCAUUUAACAGUUUAUGAUCAAGCGAGUUUGUGGUGUUCUUUCACGAAGUUCGUGAUACAAUGUUUUACUUGAAUUUCCAUGGAUUUCUACUCUACGUCUAUCCACAAUUUAUACUGAAUUAAUCUAUUCUCAAACCACCCCCUCGUUGCUGAUUCUUCCUUAAGUUCUCUGGAGGUGUUAUUUCUGGCCGAUGUGAUUUCUUCCAAACUUGCUCUCUGUGUGUUCUACCUUUCUCAUCCAUUUUUGUACCCAGAGUUCUCUCAUUCUGACGAUGGCGCACACACCUUGGACCCCCACUGGUGGAGGGUGAACAAACCUUCCCCUGGGGUCACGGACGCCAUGUUAGAUCACAGACCUAAAGAAAGCUGGCUAAAGGGAAUUUUCAAAAUGAAAUUGAAGAGUCACGGUAAGAUUGCGUGACGCCCGCUAUCUAUCAAAGGCGCGUGGAAAGGCGAAAAAAAAGCAGAUGUCUGCUGCUGUUUCGUCGCGGUACAGCCGCUUAUCAUUAAUCAAUGCGUGCAUGGAAUUCUAAUGUUCUUAUUAAGUUGUCUCUUCGUGUCCGUGUCCAUCUUUUGUUGUCUACCUCUCUGGCUUAUUUUAAUCUUUCCUUCCCACUCAAAAUAUCCUCUUCCCGCUGUUUGCCUACUCUUGAACUGUCUUGAAGUCAUAAGCGCUUCCAGUGAAUCCAAUCGGUCCGUCUCCCUCAAGACCGACGUGCUUCAUAGCUAUUCAAAGUGAAAUGUUGAAUUUGGAAGCGACUUGUUCCCCUCUCCGGAGGGUUUAUAAUUCCCGUUGUCUAUAAUUGGCCUAUCUUUCCUCUAUCCUGGUUCCCGACUCUCUCGUCGACAUUUGCCACAUAAUUUUGAUUCAGCUCUUUGCUUAAACACAUUAUCACUCAUAAUUUGUUUAAUCCAAAACCCAAUCAUGUUGUUUGAAGGUACCUUAAGAGGUUUUAUAUGUCAUUUUUUUUGUUCUUCUUUCAUCAGGUGUAAGCGUGAAGAAAAACAGUUCUCAGCCUCCCAUGUUCCAGGUGGAGAAAGACAAGGUGUGAGGAUAGAUAGAUUUUACUUUCUUUGAUCGUUGAUUCUGGAAUAUUUAAUCGAUUACUGGUUAGUCGAUCGAUCGUCCGUUUAUUUGGUCAAGUCAGGAAACCAGUCAGUCUCUCUUUCUGUUCAUUGGCGUCAAUUAGCUAGUCUGAUUGCAGUUUCUUCUCAUGCAGUCCUUUCUGGUCUUCUUUUGAAUCCUGCAAUCAAAUAACAACCAGUUGACAUAUGGCCGUACGGCUCCACGCGCACAAUCUCAUGAUAACUUGUAUUUCCCAUUCUGCCGCUAACCUUUUCAUAGCAUGUCAAUUGUACACAUUUCGUAAUUUUUAUCCAUCGGUUGUGUCGAGAGAAAUUGAACUUACAAAAGCAGUACUGAUAGAUUAGCUGUCAAUUGAGUCUCAAAAACUUAAAAUCGAGGUAAUCACCUCCACCAAUCAUAAGAAAGGUGUACAUUAGCCAUUACAUCAUUAUUAGCCAACGAGAACGCGAGUAAAGAUAGGCGAACUACCAAAAGCGCGGGAAAACACCGGUGACCAGGUCAUGAUUGGAAUAGAGGUUAGCGCGAAUUUUCCAGACCUUUCACAAAGCUAAGUAAAGCAAAACAAAGUCAUCCCAAUUACUGUUGACUCAAUCGAAAAUUGAAAAUAUUUCAUUAGUUGUGUCAACAAAAAUCGAACUGACCGAAGCAAUCCCAUUAUGCUCCCACAGAAACUGAACGGUCUUCUGAGCUUGCCAGAAACCAAGCAGAGUCCUCUAUUAGAAUCUAACACCACAUCUCGAUGGCAACAAACAGUCUCUGUUCACUUCAGGGUGAGUACAUGAUUUACAGUCAUUUCCUGAUAGCGCAUGCGUGAAUCAUUUCUUCGCAUAUCAUCCACAAGUGACUUACAGCUAAUUUUCAGUUACUUUUUUUUUCCUUUCUUCUACAGUAUUCACUUCGUGAUUUGCUAGCAAAACUUUUACCCGCGGAAUCUCACUUUGUGCGGUAAGUUAAUGGUAAACAUUUUGGGAAAGUGCAUGAAAGAGAUAUUUGAAAACAAAAGAAGCAAGAAUUGUCAAAGCCAUUUUUCCAGGUAGCGAUUUUUCCUUGAAUAGUGUUCAUUUCAAAGAAAAAUUGUGCGUUGUUUACAUAAGCAGUGAGGAUGCGAUAAAGACGCUUUUCGAGGACAAUCCGCUGCAGUAGACUCUCCAUUUAAUCUUUCAGUUCCCCCUAGUAGCAGCCGUAAAUUUUCUUUGCAAAUUAAAGGAGAGAAUGUGGUGUUUUAUCACGAUAUUGCACUUCAGCAGAUAAGUUUGUCAACUCUCAUCACUUGCUUGUAAGGUGAUAUAUGGAUUUUGUUUGGAGAAGUUACAGAUCGAUCACGUCAGGGGGUCAGAGGGUUCACUCUGAACAAAUUCCAUGACAAGGCUAGCUAACAAGGACAAAAUUGCCAUUUAUUUCCAUUUUAUUUGCUAAUGGUAACUCUUGAACAAAAACGUUUUCAUUGAAAAACUUGCUGGCUUUAAGUCGGCCUAUCGAUGUCAAAGAUGUUCAAACGUGACUCCAAAAAAAUGAGCUUAGAUUCACUUUAUGCUCACGUCAUACAGAAGGUUUUUUAAGUUAAACGUACAUUUUGUAUUAUUGAUAGGUGUAUCAGACCAAAUGAACAGAUGAUUGCGGGCAGAUUUGACCAGGAAAAGGUCCAAACCCAACUCAGAUACACUGGUGUGUUAGAAACCACCAGAAUUCGUCAGCAGGUUGGUUCCUCUGUUAAUCUUCGUUUUGAUGUUAUUUCUUUUAUGCGACUCACGUUUUUAUAUUUAAAACUGUUUUAGGGAUAUUCGGAGAGAAUCACGUUUGCAGAAUUCGUGAAAAGGUACGUCUGUCUGUUAAGAUGCCUGGAAGGGUGAUUUUCAAUUGAGUUUCGAAAUCCAUCUGAUAUUACUUUGGUUUCAGUCUAUUACGAUCUUUUGUUGAUAUACAAAUUACAAGCUCUUUUCUGCAACUGGCAGUUGACGUGAGAGGUUAACUUCAUUGUCUCAACAGAGAAAAAAGAAGUUUUAUUAUAGAAAGUGGUUGGACUCAAUUGUUGUUUACUACUUGUGAUAGUUCUUUUUCGAUUCAGCAGCAAAAUCUGAUUAGCCAGGAGUACCUAGACCCGAACUAUAAAACUAUACGAUCUUAAUUUAAACAUAUCCUUAUUCUUGUAGAUACCAAGUGAUUGCCUACCCCCUGCACAAGAGAGCGCCAUGUGACGCUGCGGCCUGUACAGAGAUCUUGAGAAAAAGUGAAAUACAAAACUGGCUCAUCGGGCGAACGAAAGUGUUCCUCAAAUAUUAUCAUGUAGAGGAGCUUGCUAUGCUUCUGGAAAUAUACAGGAAGAAGGUUAUUACUAUACAGAGAGGUUAGUUUUGCAUUGCAAAACGUUACUUUAUAGGUUGGGCAUGUUAGUGGGCGAUUUCGUCAUGUCCUCACUACUUACAUUUUUCUUUAUUAGCCGUCAAACGGCUUUGCUCAUAAAACGCGUCGCAAUAGAAAAGUUUUCGAUUGAGUGUGAAAAGGAUUGCAUUGCCUCGCGGAGUUUCUGUCUUUAAGAUCUUGAAUAAUAUGCCUUCUUUUCAUUUUUUUUUAUUUACAGUCGUCCGAGGGUGGUUAGUUCGCAGACAGUAUGAGUCAGUCAGGCGGCGAAGACAUCAGGCAGCAACAGUCAUUCAGAAACGUAAGUCCUCUUUCUACUUUGGGAAAAUAUAGGUGAGAUAGAUGUGCGCUCAAAGCUUCAUCAGUUGUUACAAGUUCAGGCUUCAUUUGCUAUUAUUUACUCGCCCGCCAAAACUGAAAGGAAGAAAAGUAUUCAAAAUGUUUUAAGUAGAUUCAAAUUCGUUGAGGACACUUGUGAAUUUAAUUAAAGAGCGCUUGAAGAAUAUUUGUAAAACGAGGAUGAGAGUGUGAACCUUUAGAUCAAAGUUUCGCAAAUCUUCCUUCACACUUGUUUACUCACGUUUAGUGUCGUAAACUCUUCCCGGAGUGUGUAUGAAUUCUCUGAGACUAUCCCAGCUUUCUGUAGCUUCUGUUAACUCAGCUUAGCUCUUGAAGCCUUCGCGUGCUCGUGUAAUUCCUCUAGAACUAAUUCAGAGUUCAAAAACAUUCUUUUCUUGACACUUUUUUAACUAUUUUAUUCUUGGUUAACAAAGGUAAAAACGUGACACAGGUAGCGUUUGUCUGAUUUAUUAGAGAAUAUGUUGUUCGCAGAAGAAAAGACCGUGUGUCGGAAAUUGAGAUAAAGAAAUAUCAAAGAACCGUUCCAGCGUUAGUUAACUAACAAAUCAUUCAUUGCGCGGUUACUUGAUAGAUUCGCGUGGUUACCUAGCCAGGAAGCAUCAUCAACAGGAAAUGAAUAAGAAACACUUUGCAGCUUGCGUCAUUCAGAGAGGUGAGCCUCGAAAUGAUGUGAAAACCGUCAUGUUGCUAGAUAUCCUUCUCAUUGUAUAUUUUUUUCUCAAAAGAGCUUUCAACUGUUUCCCAAACGUAUGUGAGGUAGCAUAUCGCAGAGUAAAGGAAACUGCUUUUGCUAUUGUCCUCUAAGCUUCGCUUUGAAGCUGAUUGUAAACAACACUUUGUGACUAACUUGUUUGUAAAAAUCUCUCUUUGUAGCUUAUCGUCGUCUGGUUCAACGAAGAAGAUUCACUUGGUGGCUGAAAUGGUACAAUGUUCAACAGAGAAGAAAAGUCAAAAGUGCCAUCAAAAUACAAGCUGGUAAAUUACCUUCUUGAACAUAACACCAUCUAGCUGAUAUGUCUUUUUAUUCUCAUUACCGUUUCCGGAAUAAUUUCAAGAUAUUGCAAGGAGACUUAACAAGUCGAUCGCUCCUGGGAGUUAGAGAAUUAGAAGAGUUACUGCAAUCCGUUUCAAUCUUUGCCAUCCUUGGCUAUCCUUGUUUGUUCUAGGUUUAUUUCUGCCGAUUUUUUGGUUUUCUUUCCUUGUAAAAAGUAUAUUUUAUGAACCUUUCAAAUUGGACUUACUUUUGAAAGUCACAACUGGAAAAUGAGUCAAAAUAUUGUGGUGUAGGGUAGUGUAUGUCUUGUUUGUUGUGUCAGUCGCUACACGAGAAAUUUGGUUGCAUACCAUGUUUAGAAUUAAAAAAACAACAGCCAUAACGACUUCUUUACAGUAGAUGUCUACGGGAAGGAAGAGGAAUCCACAGAUAUAGCAGCGAUUGAACUUUGAUUGAUAAAAAUUUGGUAAGAUUUUCUUUGACGUCUCUUCACAGUGGUGCGUGGUUAUCUAGCGAGGAAACACUAUCGGCGCCUGCGUCGACUGAGAAUCGAAAGUGCCAUCAAACUCCAAGCGGGUAAAUAGUCAUUAGAUUUUUGUCGUAGUCUUGGAGACGUACUGGGAAGCAACGAAGAAGAAAGAUUUUUUAUUUUACUUUUCGAAAUAUGACUAAAAAGCCAUAAUUUUAGGGACAGCAAAUAUGUAAAAGAGCUCUGCCGAGGGAGACUUGCUAUCGAUCGCUAAAUGUCUUGAAAGAAUAAUCGAUUGAAGAAGUGAUUAACAUUAAGUGGAAACUUUAUUCUAGGGGCAUUAUUGUGAGGGAGGGGAAGGGGUAGGGAAGGGGGAGUUUUUUCAGUGUAAUAUUGUAUAUCAUCUUUUUUUUUACAGUGUAUCGUGGGCGCCUCCUGAGAAAGAACUACGCAGAUAUUAGAAGGAAACAGAAAGUGUUAAAAUUUCGACAUAGUAAGGCUUUACAUUGUUUUAUGUGAGAGACUAUUUUUUCUUAAUUAUUUCAAGUGGCCGCGUCACGUUUGUAAGAAGAUGAUGGGAAUGCAAUGAUGUUGAAUGACCCUGUUUGUUCGAGAAGCGGCGCACUGAAUUGAAAAGCUUGGGUCCGGACUCUGGUAGUGUCUUUGUGUCUUUUCUUGGGAAAGACCCUAUCCUGUUCAGAACCUUUCUCCCCCGGUGUACAAUUGGAUAGUGGUGAAGAAGCCACGGGAAAUCUGACGGGAUUCUGGGGGGAACCCAGGUUGACCAGUAUCAUUGAAGCUGAAUCGAUAAACCUCUGCAAUGAUACGGGUCAGUCGUAUGUGGAUUUAACCUUCAAUGCAAUUGUAGCAAUACACUUUCCAACGCGUGCUCAUCUCAAAUCUUCAAUCAUUUCAAAUUUCUUUUGUUUCAACAGUGGCCAAGGUUAGAGCAGUGGUUCGGCUUCAGUCAGGUGAGCGAAAAACUUGAAAGGGGCCCUAAGUAUUCCUUUAAAAAACCUUCUCAGGUUUUUUUUUUACCGUUUAUUUCGUAAACAUUAUCAGAAAUUUUAGGAAGUGCAUUCAAUGUUACAAAUGUUGAUUUUAUAAUUUUCAUUUCCUUUUCAGCGUUUCGUGGUUAUAAAGCCCGCAAAUACGUUUCCGAGCUAAAAUCAGAAGCAGAUAAAAGGGAAACAAAUAUGAUUUACUUCUUCCAACAAGUAAGAAAUUUUAAACUCCAUCUGGAGAUAUUUCCACUUUUAAUCCGAAGCAAGUAUGUAUUGAACAAUUGGCCCCGCAGCCAACUUUAUUUAGAGACUGUUGUCUUGUGUUCAUUCCAGGUGGAAGAUUCGUCGGACAGUUUUUUCAGAGCCCAGAAGGGUCAUAAGAGGGUGAGAGGAUUUUACUAUCUUUUAUUUGCCUCUGUCCUUAGUCACUAGUAACAUUCAACUUUCAACUUCUUAACAUGCUUUUGGUUGGUUUUCAUUGCAGGCGAAUAUCAAAAUGGACCGUGUUGUAGUCAAAGGUUUGUUUUGUGAACUGAAAAAUUUAUCUUUUAUCGCUCUCCAUAGCUUUACUGUUCGUCAACAUGUUUAUUAUUAUUAUUAUUAUUAUUAUUAUUAUUAUUAUUAUUAUUAUUAUUAUCAUCAGUAAUAUUAUCAUCCUUAUCUCACCAUCAUCAUCAUUUCCAUUGUUAUCAUUAUUAUGGUUGUUAUUAUCAUAAAUAUUAUAUUUUUAUCAUUAUUGUUUUUAGUUUUGUUAGUAUCAUGACUUUUAUUAUUAUAUAUUUAUAUGUGGGCUUUUUGUUGGUCAACAGAAGGAAAGCACCAGGACCCUACAGAGUUCUGGUCAACCCCGAAAGAAGACGAAGAAGCAGUGGCCUCGCAGCAAGAGACGCAGACUAUUUUCUUCAUCCAACAGGUGGGGACGAUGGUUUAGACCAGUCAUCUCAAAACUCUGAAAUAAACUAACCCUUUGGCAAUCCCGCCAUAGAGUUCAGAAAUUGCGUUCAUAUCAUGAUGUCGGUCUAACGUGAUGUUUGUUUUGCUCCUACUAAGGCAAAUACGUCGUGGGCAACUCUACUGGAUCACUCCAAAAAACACCAAACCUCAGUACCACGCGGCCCACAGGUAGGACUUACUAACAACCUCAGGUAAAAGUAGGGUUCACGUGGGUCCUGGAAAAAACCUGGAAAGUCCUGGAAUUUUAUUUUCAGUCCUGGAAAAAAAUAAGCAGGUCCAGGAAAGUCUUGGAAAUCUACCUGCUUCAAGCAAUAAAGUAUUCCGAAUUUAUGUUUUAAGAAAUGUGUGUCGACCGUAAAGAGAAUUGAUUUUAAUACCUUGGUUAAUAGUGAAAUUUGGAGUCCUGAAAAAAUCCAUCUGAGUCCCGGAAAAGUCCUUGAAAUUUUUUUUGCGACAAUUGGUACGAACACUCUUAGAGGUACAGUAGUAAAGCUAAUCCCCCCUUGAACGGGAUGCCCGUCCAUUUCAGGUUGAUCUCCCCUACCCCCAUCCUCCUAGCAUUUCGUUAGGUUUCUUGUGUGUAUCAGCAAAUUGUCACCGACCUGGAGAAGGGUGGAGAGGUUGGGGAAAGAAAUAUUACCCUUCGUUCAUGCAACAGAAACCGGUUUGAACUAAGGUAGUAUGACUAACAUCAAAUGCUCAGAAUAUAUUUCUCACUUCUUAAUCGUUUAUCGCAGAGUCAAGUGAGACCACCUAUGCGCAAACAUGACCAGGCCCCUGCCAGCGAUUCCCCUCGUGUACCGAAAAGAAGAAGUUUUGAAAUUCGGCCAAGUAAGUUAUCGUUCCGUUUUUGUUAAUUCUACGGAAUAUUAGCGGAGCUCGCAGAGCGUAGCCCCAUAAUUAUACAAAAUAGUAGUAACCCAUCAAGCCGAAAAAAUUUGGAUGUACGACCGUACAAGGUGCUACUUUUAACAUGCGUGGUCAACUGUACCGCGGGCACGCCAACGCCACGACUUUGUUCAGUAGUCCAGUGGUCAGUGCACUGGGCUCCGAGUCGGACGACGCGGACUCUAGGCCUGGCCGUGGCAAGGCGUUGUGCCCUUGAGACGUGCGGGAAAAAAAAUGCGAGCUCCGCUUUUAGGCUUGGCUAACUCUAUAUAUUAUGCUGGGACGAAGGUGUAGCUGGGGCAAGCUUUUUGAUGUGUUCUAUUAACGAUGCACGUUGGUGAAAUAUACGCGCGCAAAUAAAGAUUGACCGGGCAACAUGUACCUGCUUUAGAUGUGCCCGUGUCAUUUCCUUCAGUGUGUGCCGACCUGAUGGAAUUUAUGUUGCGAUAGUUUGAGUCAGUUUAACUUGAAGGGGACUACAGAGUGAUAGCUAAGUAAGAUAGGAAAGAACAAAAAAAGUUGAGAGGGAAUAAGGAUAGGUAAGGAAUAAAAAGAUUAAACGGAUGCGCGAACUAGGGCAUACACUGUAGCUUAUUCAAGUAAGCGCUGUGUCUCUUCGAAAGAGCUGAUCGUUCCGUUUUAAUCCUGUCCCGAACCGCCGUUAACUCUUCAACUCCCAAGGUCUACUUGUUAAUUCUCCCCUCCAGCUGCUACACAUUUCCUUGUAAAUUAGUUACAAGAAUUUGGUGUUAGGUCAAGAUAACAAACUUAACCAGAUAAGUUUGAGUGUUCUCAUUAUCUGUUUACUGGAUAAUGUAUGGAUGUUAAAGGGAGACGUUACAUGUUCGUCACUACUGGGAGUUUAAGGGUUAAACUUGUCUUGGUCAAUCACUAGUGAUUCAGUUGGUACAGUAUCGAGUUUCGUUGUGAGAAAGAGUUGGUGUCAACAAAGCGUGUGUUUUUUUCCUUCUAGAAGAAGUCUUGUUAGCUGAGAUGCAGAAUAAGGAGUCGCCACGAAGUAGUCGCAAUUACAGGUUUGUAAACACGAUAAAGGACACCAAAAGACGUCUCUCUUUUGUGCACACUGUAGGACUAAUCUCCAAUUGAGCGUUGAAAGUAACCUGAAAUUGCUUUAUUUUUUCCUUCCUUUGUUCUGUGAUUGGUCGAGUAAACUCAUAUGACUUCCUCAACUUGUCAGAUGCAAGAUGACUUGGUCACUCUUGUUUUCCUGCGCUUCAGGCAAGUUGCAUAUUUUUACGAAGAGAUCUCCCAGGCUUCUUAUGAUAUUUUACCUCGUUUUAACCCAUUUCCCCCGCAGAGUGACGUGGCAUUUAAUUCCUCCUUACCCUAAUCACACGUUAAGGUCACAGGAAUAAAGGAAAUUACCACCAAGUAAACAAUCUCUUGAUUGUAAUCAAAUUCUCCUUGUCAGCACCUUGGGAAAUGUAUGAACAGUAUGGAGAAUAUGCAUACUGAUGGUAGGGUGUAAAGCGGUAACUGACAGUACUGGGUACUCUGGUUGUGGCAGUUCAAGGCCCAAGUAGAAAGCGCUCUAUUUGGUCAGCGUCCGCCAUCUUGGCUCGACUGCACGUGUGCAUCUUAUCUGAAAUAAGAUCACUGUGAAAUAAGUUCAUUUCAGCAUAGGAAAUACCAUUUGUUGUCCGUUUAUAAUGCAGACAUCCAUUCAUUUCACAGGAAAGAGGUUUGGUCUGCGGGAGACGAAACGUACUUUAGGCAGUUUGCGGUAAGUUUUCUUUUCGUCAACCUCAGCAAUUAAUACAUCACCCUCCUUAAAUUGGGUCAAUUUUGUAACUGAUGCAAGAUUCUUUUAUCGAGCACAAUUAUAAGAAAAUUGUUUAAUGCUUGUUAGAAACCGUUCUUAAAAUAUUGUUUGAAGCGUGCAGCGUCUAAUUAAGAUAUCUUUGCGUCGUUUCAUUCCAGGAUGAAAGAUUGAAGAAAGAUUCUAAAGGUAAGCCACUCAACUCAAGGGUUAGUUUCAAAAGAAACUGUGAGGCUACUUUAGUAGAGGAUAAUGUAAAAUAAUUUGGUAUUAUCAACUGAGUUGAUACUAUAAUUUGGCCAUUGUAAGACGUUUUAAAAGCUAACGUUUCGAGCGUCAGCCAUUCAUCAGAGCGAGGCUCGAAAUGCCAGCUUUACACUCUUUAGGGUGGCCAAUUUACAUUAUCAACUCAGCUGAUGAAACCAAAUUGUCAUUUUCAUAAGAGCAGAGCUACGACUCACCAAGGAAGUUAGUGAAUAGUUUUCCUUUUUGUUUCUUUUUCUAAAGAUCAAGGACGUCGUAUCCAAGACAUGUUAUCUAUCGUGGAGGGAAGUCCGUCUGAUACUGAUGAGGGGAAAGACAAGCCUGUUAAAGAAACGAUAAAGCCGACACCUCGAGUAGCAAGGGCUAAGUAUGAAAUUUAAAAGGCUACUUGCAAUUUUAACUUAACCGAAUUCUAAAAACUAGAUUGUCACCAUUGAAAUGAAAGCUUUUGAGUGGUACUAUCAAGUGGUUCUGUCUAUUUUGCUAAACAAGAAAUUUCUGACCUAAUAGUAUGAAAAUUAAAACCCUGGUGUAUGACCGAUUAAAAUGAAAGCUUCAGACAGUACUUUGAUAUGGUUUAGUUAACCCUUUACCUCCCAGAAGUGAUUAACGUGAAACUUCUCCCUACAAUAUCCAUACAUUAUUCAGCAAACUGGUAGGGAGAAUAUUCAAACUUAUCAGGUAGAAGCUGCUAUCUUGACCUAGCACCAAGUUCUCAUAACUAAUUUACAAGGAGAUGUGUAGCAGCUACAGGGGAGAAUUAACAAUCAGAUCAUGGAAGUUAAAGGGUUAAGUAUGCUCUACAACGUUGGUCAAACUUAUGUGUGAAGGCGGAUAUCUUCCCAAUGUGACCUUUCAAAGGAAAAAAAGGUUUUAAGCUGUAGCUUUUGGGUUAGUUUCCAACAUGCACUUUAUUUUUUUUCACAGAAGUUUCUUUGAAAAUCAAGAUCAACCGCCAGAACCUAAGCCCAUCGUUAGAAGAACAACGAGUAAUGAAUGGAAGCCGAAACCUGCUCCUCAGGAAUCUGCUAAAAAGCCUGUAUCUCCACCAGCAGCCCGAGAAAAACCUGUGUACGUGAAACCGAAACCUAAGGAGCCUCAAAACCAAGCGGAUCUAGUAAAAAUUGCUUUAGCUCAGCAGGCUGGACCGGUCAAACCGGAUUUAAAGGGCAGACCACGCUCAAUCUCUGCACCUCCUCAAGAAUUGGUAAGAUCAUAAACGAAUUAUACUACAUUAUUGUUAAGAUUAUGCAUACACUUCAAUAUAUUUUGCUGCAAACAUGUAAUGAGGAUAAACAAACUUGUCAAGUUGAGGUUAAUCUUGACCCAACACCGAACUCUUUUUGCUGAUUGACCAGGAAAUGUGUAGCCGCUAGAAGGGAGAAUUUUACUUCAAUCUCAGAAAGUCAAGGGAUGGCAUAGGGGGCGAGGGUGCUCGUCCUACCUCUGUGGCCUAGGUCCGACUCCCAGACCUGGUUCCACGUUUGGGUAAAGUUUGUGGUUGGUUCUCGCUGUCGCAGUGAGGGUUUUCUUCAGGUUUUCCGUUUCUCUUCCAUUCACUAAAACAAACUCUCAGUUUUCCAAUUUCGACCUGGAAACCAAGGGACAAGUAGCCACCUCUAAGAACUGCCGCAGCUUAAUUCCAAUUUAUUUUAUGUAAAUAGAAUGGUUCACGCGUUUUACUUGCUUUUUCCUGAUUUCCUUUCAGCCUCGUAUUCCUCCACCCGAUUAUAAACUACCCCGAGAAAAACUCGGAUAUCUACGUCACGUGACUCCAGGACCUAAACGAGUGUUGCCAGAGAACUUUCACGUAGAAGAUAUCAAUUUGAGACACAUUUAUCGCUCCAACCCGUCCACUCCAACUCAAACCCCUCGUUACUCUCACCUCCUGCGAAAGACCGGGAAGAGAGGAGAAUUGGGAAUAGCAGAUGACGAUGACAAUAGUGACGUAACUCGCAUAUCUUUUAAUGUGCCUUUGAUUGGUGUGACAUGAAAGUAAAGCUUGCGGACUCAAAGUCCUUAAAAGCUUUUUUCAGCCUAAUCCUAACCAGGAAGGGAUGUUACAGUUAAGUUCCCCUUACAAUGAACAAUACUUUAUCUUUUUAACCCAGCCAAAGGGUUAUAUUUAUUGAAUUUACAAGGGAAUGUGAUGCAAUAUCAGAGGCAGAAUAAGCAAUGAGAUAUUGAUGAAAGAAGAAACAGGGAAAAUGGUAAAGUUUAGUUCGUUAAUCAUAAAGCCCUUUCCCAAGACCUCAACAGUCUCUAAAGUGAACCGGGAGAAUUGUAAUGUACUGUAUUUAAACAGGAAGAGAAAGAUAUUAAAUAUAUUUAUGCUUAUUUAGGGAUUAAAUUAACCCCAAAGUCUUCUCGUUGAAAGGACAGUUACUAUCUUAAUGCUUGUACAGUGAAAGUUCUUGUUAUAGUGAAUUACAGUAAUUAUUAAACAGCCACAUCAUAAAACAGUCGCAUCAGGGCCACAGACGUUCUUUCGGGUCACCAGCGUUUUUUUUUUCUUUUUUUUGCCUUAAGUUUAUCAAUAAUAGUUCUGAAAGUAUUGAAGGAAGACAGUUUCAAUUUUCUCGGCAUUCUUGCUGAAUGAACUUUCAAUUAAAGUUUUUGAAAUUCAGUUACUAAAACACAUUGAAAAAAAAUAUUACAAACGUAAGACUCAGCUUUUGAAAUUUUUCUGUCAGUGGCUUUUUGUAUAUCGCGCAAAAUCUUUGCCGUGUUUUAAGGUUGUAAUACUAACGCUUGUCUCCAAAUAGACGUAGUCACAGAGGCAUGCUUAAAAAUUGAUGCUCUGGCUUUUAAUCACGAUCAUACUUUUGAACAGUUUUCAAAUGAGUUUCGAAAAACCAAAACCGAAGUUAUCCCAGCGACAAGUCAGAAUAAAGGUUUAUAUUAUCAUUAGCCAAUGAGAACUCAAAGUGGAAACAAGCAAACUUUCUGAAGGGUGGGAAACGCGGGUGACCAAGUCGUGAUUGAUGUAAGUUUUGCCUCUGACUGCUUGAGAGGAUGGCGCGAGUUUUCUGGACCAAUCACAGAGAAAAGUUUGUUAAAGAUUUAGAGGAUGAUAAACUUGGUAGGAGAUUCAGAUUCUGACAUUUAUGUUUUUAGCAGCGUUAUUCAAAAUCUGCUUGUAUCGUUAUAUACACUCGUUUUGUACGAAAAGACAAGAUAAUUGUAAUAUUUGUAUAUAUAUUUAUUUUAUAUUUAAUAGUGAUAUAAAAAAGAGUACACGGAC